UUGCUCCCACCCCUUCCCCGAAGGCCACGCAAGGUCUUCUUCAGACAGCUCAUCUAUUGUUACCUGAGAUAUCUUCUUCACGCCCCAACGACCGGCCUGUUCCGACUGUUCACACGACUACAGCGCUUGGCAGAGGGAAGAGGAGCAUUACUAAGUAUGGAGGACACAGAAGAGGAUUACAUGUCUGAGUCCUUUGUUAAUGUUCAGUAAGACAUCAGGCCCGGAAUGCCCAUGCUGAGGCGUGUAAAAGAUACUUUUAAAAAAGAAGAAAAACAAAAAGAAGCCAACCAAAAAAGCAGGCAAAAGAGUAUAAAAGAACAGGAACAAGAGCAACGGGAUACUGCUUUAAACAUUGCUUUGGGAAAUGAGAAUAAAGGCUUUGCUAUGCUUCAAAAGAUGGGGUACAAAAGCGGUCAACCUCUAGGCAAGAGUGGAGAAGGGAUUAUUGAGCCUAUUCCUUUGAACAUGAACAAAGGUAGAAGUGGGCUUGGCCAUGAAGAAUUGAAAAAACGAAAAGCUGAGGAGCAGAUGGAAAACUACAGAAGAAAACUUCAUAUGCAAAAACAAACAGAAAAGCAGACAGCUGACCUUUUCAAGUAAUGUGCAAGAAAACGCCAUUCUCAUGAUUCUUUUAAAGAAACAGAAGGGAUUAGAAAGAGAAGCCAUCAAGCAGGACAGUGCUCUUUUAUUCUUAUUUUGAAGGGCCUGGAACUUCCCAGAGAGGUUUGGUUCUGGUUAAGACCAAGCAUGCAAAAAGAUGUGGAACAGCAGGAGGAAGAGGAGGAGGAAGAAGAAGAAGAAGAAGAAGAUGACUUAAGUGCAUCAGAUAAGUUACAAAUCUUGACAGCAUAUUUAAGGGAACAUUAUCUCUACUGCAUCUGGUGUGGAACAGCCUAUGAAGAUCAAGAAGAUUUGUCUUCAAACUGCCCAGGAGACACUUUUGCUGAUCAUGAAUAAUUUUCAAAGGGCAAACCAAGUGUUUGAAAUACUGCAAGAUCUAUAUGGUCUAUAUGGACUGACUAACAAUGAGACCUGCAUACUUUUGUUAGGACAAAUGUUUUGUGGGAUUCUAUGUAUUUAAAAUGGCAUUUUUUUAGAUCUGUGAAGGUUAUGUAUUCCCCCCUUUCCCCUUUUGUCUUAAAAUCCAGUAAAGCAUUCUCCCCUACGAGAAGGCUAACCCACCCCAUCUGUUUCGUUGGGGUUGGAAUUAGGGGCGUGCAUUCACUAUUUACCGAGCCAAAAUAAACCCCUUAUUUCCUAAACCGAAUUGGAUUCUCUAAUCUAUAAUUGGCUACCAAUAUAGAGAAUCCCAAUAAAAGCCGAUAUUAUUCAGCUUGGCAUGGCAGUACCGAAUCACAGGUUUACCUGGCCUGCUGUUUAAACUGCGGGGCAGGAGAAGCCUAAUGCAUUUAAAGGGACCAACCUUUUAAAUGCGUUUUGCAAGCUGCAAUGCAAGUGAACCCAGAAGGUUCACCCUUCCAGAUUCAGUCACGCCGCGGCUUGCAAAAUGCAUUUGAAGGGACCAUCACUUUAAAUGUGUUUUGCAAGCUGCACCAUGUGAACCCAGAAGGUUCACCCUUCCAGGUUCACUUGCACCGCGGCUUGCAAAGUGCAUUUGAAACAACCGUCCCUCCAAGGUGAGUGUAGAUUCACGGGGGGCGGAUCCUAGGGUUGGGCCAAUGUUCAAAAGGGACGGGAGUGUGUCAAACGGCCCCCCUGCAACCUAGAGGCAUCAACCUGGCAGCAGACUUCCCCAGGGUGCCCCUCUUCCUGCCCUCCAAGUUGUGUGCAGAUUUGCUGGGGGAGGGGAGAUCCUAGGGUCCAAUGUGUCAAAUGGCUCCCCUGCAACCUAGAGGCAUCAAACUGUUAGCAGACCUCCUCAGGGUGCCCCUCUAUCUGCUCUCCAAGUUGUGUGCAGAUUGGGGUUUUUUUUGGGGGGGGGAGAUCCUAGGGUCCAUGUGCAAAAGGAGAGGGUGUGUGUCAAGCUAGAGACAUCA